UAGUAUACGAUCCCUGUCAAUACUUAUGUCACUUUAAUCAAGAUGGAGUCGAACCCGGAUUCAUGGAGAUAGAAACAUUCCCGAUUCCGGAACCUAAUUAUGCGCUGCAGGACAAAGGGAUUGCAGAGUUUAAAUAUCAUUUAAAAAUAACAUCUCUAACUGACAACGGUAAAAAACACAAGGAAACACUGAAGAAGACUGUCGACUGACAGGCAAUACAAAGUGGUAUAAGUGACUACUUUUAAGUUGAAUCAGGUGGAAUAUAUGAUGAAGUAUUGCUUACCUAGGCUGUUGGUACUGUUAUCCUUUUACUGGGUGAAUUCUGAAGAUUCCUCAAUUCAAAGAUUUGAUGGUUGGUACAACAAUCUAGCAUUUCCAAGGUGGGGAACGGCAGGGGAAAACUUGGUUCAUAACAUUUCUUCGGUUUAUGAAGAUUAUACAUAUCAACCGACUGGUUCGGGUAGACCUAGUGCCCGAUUAGUGAGCAAUGCUCUGUUCAGACAGAACACAAGUACAGAUUCAGGAGGAUCAUAUAACAACAGGACAGCUUUCUUUGCUUUCUUCGGACAACUUGUAUCAUUCGAAGUUUCCGAUACAGAUGACACAACAUGUCCUAUUGAACUGUUGGAAAUCCCAGUCCCAAAAUGUGAUCCAGAUUUUGAUGCAUUAUGUAGUGGUACGAAAAAGAUGCCAUAUGAAAGAAUUAAGUAUGACAAACAUACAGGACAAUCUCCUAACACGCCACGACAGCAGGUUAAUAGUGCUACUAGUUUUAUUGAUGGAAGUUUUGUCUAUGGGCCAAGUAUUGUGCGGACCAAUUUUCUGCGACAAGAUAGGACUGGGCACUUAGCAUCUGGAGAUACUUGGGGAAAAUACCCAGAGCCUAAUGUUGACAGACUACCGUACAUGAUGUAUCCAAGUAUUGAUGGGAAAAUGAGCAAUGUUGAUAAACUGUGGAAAAUGGGAGACAACCAUGUCCAUGAGAAUCCAGCAAUAUUGUCCUUAGGCAUCCUGUUCUUCAGAUGGCAUAAUUAUCUUGCAACCAAGCUGCACCGAGAGCAUACAGACUGGCAUUACAGGAAAGUUUUCUACAAUACGAGGAGGAAAGUCAUUGCUUCAUUACAGAAAAUAAUAAUGUAUGAUUGGCUUCCUGAUCUUCUUGGAGUGGGUAUCAAGCCAUAUACAGGAUAUAGGUCAUCUUUAGAGCCAGGAAUAUCAUCAGUGUUUGAUGCAGCAGCUAUGAAGUAUAUCAUGACUUUAGUACCAUCAGCUAUUACAAGGAGAAAUACUAAUUGUAAAUCUAUUAGUUGGGACAAUUAUAAAGCAGUUAGGCUGUGUAAUUCUUAUUUUAAUUCACAGAACAUAUUACUGAGUAGAGAAGAUGGAUUGGAAGAAAUAUUAAUGGGAAUGGUAUCAGAGUCUGCUGAGAAAGAAGAUUUAGAUAUAGUUGAAGAUAUACAGAGUAAAUUUUAUGGUCCACUUCACUUCUCACGACAUGACUUUGUAGCCCAAACAAUAAUGAGAGGACGUGAUUAUGGUCUUCCAGACUACAAUACUGUAAGAAAGGCUGUAGGUUUGAAACCUGUGUCAACCUGGGCAGAAAUCAAUGUAGAAUUGAAUAAAACUAAUCCUGAGAUAUUUGUUACUGUAGAGAAUAUUUAUAAAGAAUUAAAACAUCUGGAUGUAUUUGUUGGAGGGAUGUUGGAAACAACACCGGCAGGACCUGGGGAACUUUUCAGAAUCAUCAUCUUGGACCAGUUUUAUAGAAUAAGAGAUGGAGACAGAUUUUGGUUUGAAAAUAAAGACAAUGGAUUGUUUACAGAGGAUGAAGUUGAACAAAUAAGGAACUUAUCAUUGUAUGAUAUCAUUGUAAAUUCUACAAAGUUAGAUACAGACCAUAUACAGAGAGAUGUUUUCACUGUUUCUGAAGAAAUGCCCUGUAAACCAUUGAGGCUCAGUAACAGUGAACUUGAACCUUGUGGAAGUCACCAUGGUUAUGAUUAUUUUGCCGGUAGUGAAGUAACAUACAUCAUUAUAUGGACCUGUUUUGGACUUAUACCUUUGGUAUGUAUUCUGUGUGCUUACAUAGCAGCUAAAUGUCGUCAGUGGAAACAUAGUCGGCAUGUUAAACGUCAGCAACAUUACAUUGGCAACCAACAAAGGAAUAAUGAUUUUUCUACUAAUAAAGAGAGUGAAUUUCAGUAUCAAGCAAGCGAAUGGUUAGGUGCAAAAGAAGAUUCCCGUCUUGUAUCAGUGCAACUGAAAUUAAAAUGUCAGCUUAGUGUUCUUAGUGCAAGGGGAACACGUCUUAGGACCAUAAAUAUGGACUUCAUAGAAGAGGUUCAAAUCUGGAUCAGCAACAACAAAGGACAGAAGACUAUCGUUGUGAAAAUGCCAAAGGAAUAUGACUUGAUCCUAAUUUUUCCAAAUUACAACAUGCGAACCUCUUUUUUGACAAGUCUGACUUCAACUCUCAAGAGGUAUGGUAAAAAGUAUACCAUUAUGGAGAUGAGGCUCAAAACAAUAUAUGAACAAGCUGUCACCCAAAAAAAAAGAAACAUGCAGUUAGAAAAGUUCUUCAAAUCGGUGUUUUCAGAGGCAUUUGAUAUGGAUUAUGAUCCAAACUUAGAGGAUCAUGGAGUAGAGACAGCACAAGUUAAAGAAAUGUUAUCAAUUGAACUCACUAAGGAAGAAUUUGCUCAUGCUUUGGCAUGUAAACCAGAUUCAGAGUUUGUAGAAAACAUGUUUAGUUUGUUAGACUCUGAUAGAAAUGGUUACAUCUCCUUUAGAGAUUUCCUCAAUGCUGUUGUAUUGUUUUCUAAAGGGACUUGCCAGGAGAAACUGCACUUACUCUUUAGAAUGUUUGAUAUGGAUGGAAAAGGAUGCCUGCAAAAGGAAGAGUUAUCGAGAAUGUUUGGUUCUUUGUUGGAAAUGGCAAACAAUAACAUUAGCAAACCAGAUUUAGAGAGUGUGGUGGAGUCCAUGUGUUCAGAGAAUGGAUUAAAUGACCAAUCAUCUUACAAUUUUGAGGAUUUUUGCCAGCUGUUAUCACCACAGAUGGAUAAAAUCUGGAAUGCUGGAUUAGAGUGGAAAGGUAGAAAAAAUUGUUACCCAUCGAAUGACAAGAAAAGAAUCAGAAAAUCCCCCAAACCAUCACCAAAACCUUCUCCAAAAGCUUCACCUAAAGCAACUCCGAACGUAUCACCUAAACUUUCUCCUAAAUCAUCUCUGAAAAAUUCACCUUAUCCAGACAAAAAGGCUAGUUCUGCAAUAACUUUACAAAGUGAAGGAAAUACCACUUUAAAAGUACCAGAUGUUUUGAGUAUUGAUAUUGGAAGACGAAAAUCAAAUACACCUAACAUUGAAAAUCGUAGAAAAUCCAGUAUCCAGCCUUCAACAUGCAGUGAUGAUAGCCGAUCAAACAGUCUCAAGUCCAGUAAUUUGAGUGAUGCCAAGUUUAUAGCUGUCAGGGAAAAAUAUUCACCAUUAAAGUCAAAGCUGAAAACAGUAGCACACUUUGUGGAAAAUAACAGACAACAUAUCUUCUUUCUUGUUCUCUUUUUUGGGAUAUGUCUUGGAUUGUUUACAGAAAGGUUUUACUAUUACACAGUUGAAAGAGAACACAGUGGAUUACGGGCCCUAAUGAGUUACGGUAUAAGCACCACCAGAGGAGCUGCUGCAGCAAUGAGUUUUACUUUCUCAUUGCUAUUACUUACAAUGUGUAGGAACAUGAUCACAUGGUUACGGGGAACAUUCCUGAAUCUUUACAUUCCUUUUGAUUCUCAUGUUGCAUUCCAUAAAGUUGUUGCAUGGUCAGCUUUAUUUUUUACUGGAUUACAUGUGAUUGGAUAUAGUAUUAACUUCUACCAGCUAGCCACACAACCAACAAAACAUUUGUGUGUAUUUGACUCUAUUGUUCUCAGAACUGAAGCUCUGCCAGGUUUUGAGUUUUGGUUCUUUGGAAAUAUGACUGGUUGUACUGGUGUUUUGCUUGUGGUGGUAAUCUGUAUCAUCUAUGUGUUUGCUACGCAGGCAGCCAGACAGUUUAUAUUCAAUGGUUUUUGGCUGACACACAAACUCAUCGUCGUCAUGUAUAUUUUGACUAUUCUUCAUGGUGCAUCAGUGAUUGUACAAAAGCCCAUGUUCUUUGUCUACUUCAUUGUACCGGCCAUUCUUUUUGCCAUGGAUAAAAUGAUUAGCUUGAGUAGGAAGAAAACAGAAAUUACAGUAAUCGGAGCCGAAAAGCUACCAUCAGACAUCACUUUCCUUGAAUUCAAAAGACCAUCUAAAUUUGAAUACAAAUCUGGUCAGUGGGUGAGGAUUGCCUGUCUGUCACAUGGCAGAAAUGAAUUCCAUCCAUUUACCAUAACGUCUGCCCCACAUGAGGAUACUCUGUCUCUACACAUAAGAGCUCUAGGUCCAUGGACCUGGAAUAUCAGGAACCUAUUUGAUCCUGAGAGCCUCAAAGACGGACCUUAUCCAAAGCUAUUUUUGGAUGGUCCCUAUGGAGCUGGACAACAAGAUUGGUACCAGUACGAAGUGUCUGUAUUAGUAGGGGCAGGUAUUGGUGUUACCCCAUAUGCAUCCAUUUUGAAGGAUUUUGUUCACAUGGCACAAAUGCGCAGUACAUACAAAAUGAAGUGUCAGAAGUUAUACUUUAUAUGGGUAACAGGAAGUCAGAGACAUUUUGAAUGGUUGUUGGACAUCAUCAGGGAAGUAGAAGAGGUUGACCAGAAGGGCAUUGUCUCUAUUGAUAUAUUUAUCACCCAGUUCUUCCAGAACUUUGAUCUCAGAACUUGCAUGCUGUAUAUUUGUGAGGAACACUUCCAGAAGUUGUCAGGUGGUCGUAGUCUGUUUACUGGAUUGAAAGCUACCACUCAUUUCGGUCGGCCACAACUCAGUUCUAUGUUUCAAGCAGUACAUAGAACACAUCCUAUGGUACGUAAAGUUGGUGUUUUCAGUUGUGGUCCACCAGGGUUGACAAAAAGUGUGGAAGAAGCUACAAAAGACGCUAGCAAUACAACCAAGGCUUUGUUUGAACAUCACUUUGAGAACUUUUAAUAAGGAAAAUGUGGGGAUUUAGUUUAGAAUCUAUUCGGUUGUAUAUUAGUUAUUGUUUUUGUCUCAUGUACAUUUGCAGAAAAAGUUUGCUUUAUUAUGUUAAAGGUGAAGCUUGUCUAUAGACACAGUUUAUUUUAUCUAUACCUCAUCUAAAAAUCCUCAUUGAGUAAAAUAUGAUUAUUGAUAUUUGUUGUAAGGAAAUGAACUUUUAUAUCAUUAUUGAUUUCAAAAUUGUCUCUUUGUUUGAUAAAAAGUAUUAAAAUGUGGUAAAUACAAUUUUUUACAAAAAGCAUUGAAUUUAGGUCUGACAUCAAACUAAAGUACAGGUUAAUCUUUUAAUGCCAUAUGAAAGUUUAUUUUGUCUACAUUUUAUUUAACAAAGUUAAAAAAUGGCUAAUAUUUAACGUUUUUUAAUUCUAUGUCAAAUAACAAUGAACUUGAUUUGAAAUAAGUGGUGAUAAAACAAUAUCAUUUGUCAGUUACAAUGCACCAUUAUGCAUAGUCAUUUUUUACAUGAGUGUUAUUAUAAAUUCUACAAAUUGCAACACGCAGUGUUAGUUAUACAUAACCAAGAUGCACACAUAUUUAUAUAUAACACAAAACAUAUCUUUAUUUACAUACAAUGUUUGAAGAUAAUGAAAUCUCUUGCAAGCCAGUAAUGAUAUCAAUAGGAAAAUUAUAUAUUUUUUAUGCCCCCACUGCAGUGGAGAGGGCAUGAAGUGUUACCCUUGUCUGUCUGUACAUACUUACAUCCCAAAAUUAGUUUCCGUUCUCUAACUUUAAUUUGCCUCAACCAAAUGUUAUGAAACUGAUAGGCAACAUGUGAUUUAAGUGGAAAAUAUCAAUGAAUUUAAAAAAAAUAUUAUAAUCAAACUUAACUCUGUGAAAAAAUUGUGUAUUUACAAUAAGUAGUUUUUGAGUAAUUAAAUUUUCAAACUUCAUAACCAAUCAAGUCAGUCUCAUUAGCCAAAAUGUUGAGAAAAUGGGCGAGGGGUACAAGAAAUGAUUUUACCAGAUACAUGUACAUCCCAUAUAAUUUUUUUCUUUUCAAUUUUCUUAGAUGUGUAUUUUUUCAAUCAUUUAUAACAAAGAAGUUGAAAUAAUAUGCUUUUUGUUCUAAAAAAAGAGAAAAAUCCCAAAUUUACAAAAUUGACAACAUGGUAGAUUUGACAUGAAAAAGCAACAAAAUUUUAUAAAACUUUCUUAUAUUGACACCUACCCAUAGUUUUUUCAAGUUAAAUUUAUUCAGAUUGGUCCACUUCAUCUUUAGUGAAAGUAUGAAAAAAAGUUUAAUUGUGAAACUGUGAUUUUUUUCAUGAUAAUAGCCCAAAAAUUGGUAAACAUUGAUGAAAAAUGGGAAAAUCAUCAAAAUUGGGUACUUUCAAAUGGCUGUAGCAAAAAAAGAAGUGCACCACCAUAUGAUUUCUUCUUUACCAAUUAUUUUUUUACAGUCAUAUAAACCCAAAAAUCAGGUUAAGAAAAAAAGUUUAAUUCUAGAAAUUUUUGGCUCCUCAGAGGGUUACAUCCUUCUCCUAAGGGAGUUGGAACCAUAGUUUCUCAUUAAUUUUUAAAUUUAUCAGCUGAUAACUUGAGAAAAUUAUGUUAUCCAUUAUGUCAGUACCUAAGCACUAAAUACUGGGCUGAUGAUACCCUGAGGGCCAAGGUAUUAUAAGAGCACCAGCAGCUGUAUCUACCCAGUGCUAACAAAUGUAAAAUAUAUAAUUUUGGUGUGUUCAAAUCGCUUUUCUAAAUUUUUCUUCAUCAGGUUAUAUUAUAACCAAAGAUACGUAACUGAAGAGCAUAAUAUCCAGUGGGUUCAAUUCAAUUUAAUUUAAUUCAGAUGGAGUAGAUGUAUGAUCCAUUGUUACAGAUUAUAACAUCGCUUUCAGUAUAGUCCUUGGAAUUAUUUUGAAACUUCCAUAUUGGACCAAUGUAACAAACCAUUGUCUUUCAAAAUGAAUAUAUAUACUGCAUCUCAUCAUAGUGCCAAAUAUGAUUCCAAAUUGAUAAUUUUUAUACAGAAAUAAUGUUUAUCAAUUAAUUAAAAAUAAAUGGCAAAAAAUUAAUUGAAUACUUGAAUGACAUAAAUUUAUUCAGAAAAAAGAUCUGAUACACUUCUUAACAAGAUUUUCAGUUUUACAACAAAUAUGAUGGAAAUGUCUUGUUCAGAAUAUGAUAUAACUAUUGUCAUCACUGAAUCUUGUCAAAUGUUUGCCAAAGUGUUUCAUUAAGAUAUCAAAUCGGCAAUUUUCAAAUGAAAUAUGUUAGUUUCAUCCGGUUUAUGCAAUUUUUUUUAGUAAACAGUAUUAACCAAGAAGGCUUUACUUAGUUAUAAAAACACAUUUGUUUGUAACAGAUGAGAGAUACAGGUUCCUUGGAGCCUAAAUGAAAUUUAAUAUAUUUUGAAAGCUGUUUUUAAAAGUGCCAAAAUAGAGAAUUUUUUUAUUUUAAGUUUUAUAUUGUACAAUACUAGUAUGUGUAAACUAUUAGAAAUAUUUCAGUGCUAUAGGCCUAUGAUUAAAGGUUGUUGAAUAGUGGUUCUCAAUAAAAAUCGAUUAUUUAACGGAUGUUGAUAGAUUUAACAUCAAAAUAUUAUAUACACCAUAAAAUGGAAGUUUUGUUUUGAAUAAAAAUUGUACAUUC